AUGGCAGAGAGUUCAACACACGACGAUAAAAUGCCAGCUGCAGGAAGAACUAGCGCUCUUUCUGAUCUCAAGAACCUCUUCCCUACAACAGCACACUUCUUUAUUUUCGUAGGUUACAUGGCGUUAUUUAUAUGCCAAGGUAUGAAAAGCUAAUUUGAUCGUCAUGUACCUCGACUUUUUAUGGCAAGGUGUACAGUACUAAACAAGAUUUUGAUUUUAAUCAUUCUUUCUUCGCUCCUCAUGUUUUGCUUCAGGAAUUCUUGUAACAGCAUCAAGGGAUAAAGAUAAUCAUUACGCUUACAAUACCACAACAGUAGUGCUCUUGUCCGAGUGUGUCAAACUUUUGGUUGCAGUUAGUCUUCAACUAAGACAGUAAGCAAGGGAUCAAGUUAUUAACUGGUCUGCUUUAUGUAUUUUUGUUUGUGUGAUAGAAAGUACACUCAAGGAAGUGAGGUUAGUUUGAUUUUAAUUUUUGUAUCUUUUAAUUUAGAGUGACGUUGGGAGAAUUCAUCGGACACGUUCGUUCUAACACAAAAGGUAAAUAAUUUAACUCAUCCACCGGAAAACCUUGACAAAAGGUGUCCGCUUUAUAUAACAAUUACUCAAAUUUUUUUUUAUUUUAUAUCGGUCAAGAACACAGGAAAGUUCCAAAGAAAUUGAUUCUAUUAAUUUUUGUUAAAAUUGAUAUAGACACCUUUGGGGGUAUUUAAUACACUAACUAAUUUAUUUCAGCAUGGAUCCAACAGGAAGUAGAUUAGACUCGUUUCAGAUUCAUCAAAAAUACAGCAAAACAAGAAUCCAAAUACGUAAGAGAGAAAGUCCAUAUUUUAUGGAUAGCUUUCAAUAUAUAAAGUUUAACCUCAGGCCAAAUGGGAGAAAAGUUUCCAAUUCUCAAAAUCAGCUGUCUCCAACUUAGAGCUGCAAUGAUAUACGUAUGGAUGCAUCAGUGGAAUCGUUUCUCGGUCAAAAAGGAUAUUUUUUUUUCCUAUACUUUAUUUCCAGCCACUAUAUAAUUUUGAUUUUUUUUUCUAUUUAAAUUUCUUGCUUCAUAGUUUUGCUGCUCUACGUUGUUCCAGCGUUCAUGUACUGCCUUUACAACAACUUAGCAUUUGUGAAUCUUGCAAACUAUGAUCCAACAACCUACUAUCUUCUACUACAAUUCAGAGUUGUCGUGACUGGCGUUAUCUUUCAGGUAAGGGAACAAGUUGAGUAAAACAGUUUUGCCCCAAUAUAUCGUUAAUUUGGGAAAAGCAAAAAAAAAAAAAAAAAAAACAAGAAGGAAAAUUGAAUCAAAUUUUGAAAUAUUUCCUGUCAUAGCCGGUUGUUUGGUAAUCCAUCUGUACUUAAGAAAAAAGUGCUGUCAAUAUUUGCAUGCAGAUGUCUUAACCUUGCACUCUGUUAAAAACAUCAUGCUGUUUAUCAUACUGUUAAGUUUCGGGUAAUUAUAAAUAAUUAAAUGGUGGGUUCAAAAAAUUUUAGUUGGCUUAAUGGGUGUUUUAGUCUCGGUUUUAGAUUCUUAUCAAGGCCAAUUUCAAAAUAAAAACAACAAAAAAUUUCAUCUGAUUACUGUUACCAUAGUUUUUCCACGUAUUCCUUAAAUUAUGAUCUUAAUUUUUAAAUUCAGCUAUAUUUUUCCUGUACAAUGUUGGGAAAGUAGUAGCAAAUUUUUGUAUAAAGGAAGGGCUUUUGAGGUGCACAGUACUAAAGCAAAGCUCUGUUAAAAGCUGAUUUUUUAAAUUAAUGUUAAAUUAUAGAUCACUUUUAGAAUUAAUGAUAAAUAGACAUCACUUUAGGUAUAACAGAUAAUAAUUUAGGUACAACUUAAGAUAAAAUUUUAUUGUUGACAGUUUUAAAGGGGUGACAAGGGACUGGCAUGGCAACUUCUAUGCGUUUAAAGAAUUCUGGUAUAAUGCAAAUUAACUUUUGAACUAGUUUUAACCAAAACAAAGAGAUAAAACCCAUUAAGAAUAUUUAAACAGUCAAUAAAAAUACCAUGAAGAAAUUUAAAUUAUGAAAGUUUUUAUUGCUGAAAUAGACCAGCUGAGUUGGUAUUCAUAUUUUCACCAUUUGCCUUUUAAACUUUCAAGUGAAAGCAACUUGUAGUCACCAAGAUUUAAGUUAGAAAAUGAAAGCGAUUUUUUGUAUUUAAGAAAAUCUGAAAAGUAAGGAGAAUAUAAAUGCCAUACAAGAAUUUUCCGUCGUAAGUUUCUCUGCAGGGUAUAUUUUCUGAGAUCACCAUUUUCCCCUCCCCACCCCACUUAACAUUCAAAUUGUUUACUUCUUAGAGUAGAGGUUAGGGAUAUAAUUAAGUCUCAUGAUAUAUGUCUAUUUGAAAUUUGUAUUUGUCAUUAUUAAUAGAUUGAUUCAUUUCUACCACUGAAAAAAAUUUCACAGCUCAGAAAAUUUUAACUAAAAACAAACUAGUUUAGAAAAGAAGUACUCCAGACUUCAAGUGACAGGGAUCAUCGAAGGAUAUUUCUGGGUGUGAAAAUUUCAAUUCUGGGAUUUGUUUGGGUAGGAAAAUUUGGCAAGUAUUUUUGGGGGGUUGCUUGAUUUAAGUAGGGAUUUUUGGGUGGUAUUCAAAUUUUUGGGGUAUUCAUAUUUUAAUUUUUGAAUAUUCAGAUGGCAUGAUGAAUAAACAAACACAAACAUUCAAUUUGUAAUGUUUUUAUUUUUUGUGUUAUAUCAUAAUUAUUUUAAUGCCUUUCCGCAAAAUUUUAAGGGUUAGAAAUUUGGCAUGGGAUCUUUUUGGUGUUAAUUUUUGGUCCAGGGCCCUGAGUUGUUCAAAAGGUGGAUAAUCCUAUCCAUUGGAUAAUAUAUUGGUUUCCGUAAUACUUAUCUGCUGAAUAGUAAUAUUUUUUAUCCAGUAAUGCCAAACACAGGGCUCAAAAAUACUUGAAUUCCAGGAUACCCUUUGGCAAGGUACUCUCAGAUGCUGUUUGCCCAGGGUACUUUAAUACUCCUGGCAAGCUCAGGUUUUCGAAGACAAAAGGAAAUCAUCCAUGUUUGUUUUUUAUGUAAUAAACAUAUCUUGGCUGUAGUCAUUAUUGUGUUGAUCACUCUGAAUCAUGUUUCAUUUCUUCAUUAUGCUUCUAAAGUGCCUGUUGGGAAAGUGAGCAGAGAAAGUUGCUCGCCUAACAGGCAAAUCUACUUGCUAUCUUUUUCGCCCUGGAAACAUACGGAUCAAGUUUUUGGUCAGGGGUGGGUGUUUAUCUAAUAUUUUUCUCAGCUCAGUCAAGGGGUGUAUUAGGAAGGGAGCUUGUAGAUUAAAUGGUUAUUAUAACGAGUAGAGGAAUAUCAAAUUAAAACACUCUUGUUUUUUAUUGCUUUUGUUCCAGAUAUUAUUUAACAAGCAGUUGAGUGGACAGCAGUGGUUCUCUUUGCUGUUACUAACAUCUGGCUGCAUUGUAAAGCAGAUUAAAUAUGAGAACCUCACUGCAGCAGGCAGCUCCUUUUCCCUGCGCUUUGAUGUGCACUUGAUUCUGAUCCUUGUUCAAGUAUUCUGUUCGUGCUUUGCUGGUGUUUAUAAUGAGUACCUUCUUAAAGGUAGAAGUGGCGAUGUACCUUUCAUGGUUCAGAACUUUUUCAUGUAUGUAGAUUCCAUUUUUUGCAACAUUGCUGUCCUCUGGUUUAAUGGUACUUUAUCAGGUGCAUUCACUAAAGAAAGCAUUAGCUCAAUAUUCCAGGGCAAAGUGUUAGCUAUAGUACUCAACAACGCAGCCAUUGGGAUUACGACUGCCCUGUUCUUGCAGCGACUUAAUUCUAUACUAAAGACGUUUGCUAGUGCUUUAGAGAUUAUGUUCACAGCAGUUCUGUGUUGGUUGAUCUUUGGAAUCCCUGUUGACAUUUUUACUUUUGUAGCCAUAGCAAUUGUGUCAUAUUCAGUAAUUCUUUAUGCUAAUAAGCCUGUAGAUAACACUCCCAAACAAGCUAAACCUUCCAGCGAUGUUCCUCACAAACCGACUGUUUGAGUUGGCUGAUGACCAAUGUUCAGUGGCAGAACUUUUAUAUGUAAAGGGUAUGAGGGGUAUCCAAUAGUAAAAUCAAAGGCUUUUGAAGAUGCCAGGACCAUUGUAUGAAAAUGUGUGACCUCAAAGGGCUGUCAAGAAAAUUUAAAAUAGAUGGAGCUUUACAAACCAGUGGGUGAAAGGGGUACCAUUAUUUUGUCAAUAAGAGGUAGAUAAAAGGGGUACCUGGGGGGUAUCCCCUUAUAUAAGUCAUGCAGGUAUCAUGUUCAGCCGCCCUUAAGAGUAUGGUCUUUGUGCCUUUUUUGUCUGAAAACAGGUAGUAUAUGCACUUUGCCCACUGUGGUCUGGAAUUGGGCAUGGUUUUUGAGGGAAAGACAGCAGUGCAUGAACAAAUUUGUCGUUUCAAUUCCAAAUGAAUAAGAAAGAAAAAGAAAAAUUCAAAUUUGAAAUGCAUAAUUUCAGAAAAAUUUUUGUUUGCGCUCUAAUCUAAGUGACAUAAUAGGGUCAGGAUUAAGAGAACUGCGAUGCACACCCCCACCAAGAAUUCCCAGGAGUACCCCACCCCCAUCCCCCCGGGGUACCUUUUCUGUCAAAAAUGGUAUGUAAAAGAGUAAGGGGUGGCCUUGUCGCUCAGUUGUGCUCCCGACAAAACAGCCAUGCUACGCAGGCUUAAUAAAUGCAGGAAUCUCGUAUCUGCCAUGAUUGAAAAAGUUUAAUUUUACUCAAAUAGUUAAAAGUGACAAGUUUUAAAAUAUAAUAAUUGUUAUCAACCAUUUCAGUCCUUACCUGUAUCAUGCAAUCAUUAGUGAUUCCACUGAAGUUCUCUUUUUCCCACUUUGCCAUCGCCUUGAGUCAGAAUAAUGGUAGGUGAUGUCAGGGGUACAACUUAAAUGGGUUUCAAGCUGGUAAUAUUUUUGAAUUUUUGGCUGAUCAUGGUGAAUAGUUUUCAAUGAAGGGAUAGCUCAUUUUAUUCACUAUUGUUUGUAGUCAAUUUAUUUAUUGAUCACUAUCAGGCCCUAGCAUUUGUUACAAUCACUAUUUUUGGAUUAUUUGAAUUGUAAUAAUUAUUAGCAUUCACUGAUGAUCUGUUAACAUGAUAUUCUUUUAUUAUAAUAACUUUUUAACUAUGUUUGAACUAAGCUACAGUACCUUAUAGACAUGCAUAAGAUAAGCAACCUCUGUCUGAUUAUUGUGAGCUCUGUGGAGUUGUUAAAAAUGUAAAAAUAAAACCUUUCAACC